AUGCGUCACGUUUCACACCUCAAGCCUUUCGCCUCUUGCCUCACGCCUCUCGUUUCACACCUCAAGCCUUUCGCCUUUCGCCCCACGCCUCUCGUUUCACACCUCAAGCCUUUCACCUCUCGCCCCACGCCUCUCGUUUCACACCUCAAGCCUUUCGCCUUUCGCCUCUCGCCUCUCCCUUUCGCCUCUCGCCUCACGCCUCUCGUUUCACACCUCAGGCCUUUCACCUCUCGCCUCACGCCUCUCGUUUCACACCUCAAACCUUUCGCCUCUCGCCUCACGCCUCUCGUUUCACACCUCAAGCCUUUCGCCUCUCGCCUCACGCCUCUCCCUUUCGCCUCUCGCCUCUCGUUUCACACCUCAAGCCUUUCACCUCUUGCCUCACGCCUCUCGUUUCACACCUCAGGCCUUUCACCUCUCGCCUCACGCCUCUCGUUUCACACCUCAGGCCUUUCACCUCUCGCCUCACGCCUCUCGUUUCACACCUCAAGCCUUUCGCCUCUCGCCUCACGCCUCUCGUUUCACACCUCAGGCCUUUCACCUCUCGCCUCACGCCUCUCGUUUCACACCUCAAGCCUUUCGCCUCUCGCCUCACGCCUCUCGUUUCACACCUCAAGCCAUUCGCCUCACGCCUCUCGUUUCACACCUCAAGCCUUUCGCCUCUCGCCUCACGCCUCUCGUUUCACACCUCAAGCCUUUCGCCUCACGCCUCUCGUUUCACACCUCAAGCCUUUCGCCUCUCGCCUCACGCCUCUCGUUUCACACCUCAAGCCUUUCGCCUUUCGCCUCUCGCCUCACGCCUCUCGUUUCACAACUCAAGCCUUUCGCCUCAUGCCUCUCGUUUCACACCUCAAGCCUCUCGCCUCUCGUUACACACCUCAAGCCUUUCGUCUCUCGCCUCACGCCUCUCGUUUCAAAAUAAACAAAACACAAUUUGCCAGACCUAACAAUAAAGUACUCCUGGUCAAGAAAAAAGACUGUGACCUAUAG